AUGAAUACAAAGCAACAAGAGGAUUCUUCAAUGUCAAAAGAAGAGGUAGAAUUGUUGAAUAAACUCAUGACGGAUAAAACUUUAAAUCCAACAUCAAAAGAGGAAUUACAAACAACACGUAUCCCGAAGGAUGAUAGUAAAUUUCAACAAUUACAAAAGGCACUAGAUGAUUGUUCAAAGAAGGCUCACACCUUCCUGUAUUCAUCAAUUUCCUUGGGUGCUUCCGUUCCGAUGGUUUUAAUUUUCAAAACAAUGAAGCCUUUGUACAUUUUACCACUUGUUGGUGGUGCUGUUGAUUUGUACAAGAGCUCUCAAAAUUGUAAGAAUGAAAGAGAGGCUUUUGAUACCUAUUUGCUAAAGAGAAGAAAAUGGGAAUUACUCUCCGAAGCUAAGAGAUUGGAAAUGGAAAAGAAUGCUCUCCAAGAUGAAUUACAAAAGAGAAGACAAUCAAAAUAA